GAAGCGGGGUUUUUAUGGUUAUGUUCUUACUUCUUACAGCCCGAAAGAUGCGGAAGAAAUGAAAUCAGGAAUUUAGGAAGAAAGAAAGAAAUCCGUUUGAGUAGCGAAUACUGAAUAACGAGUGAGUAAGAAGAAACUCAGAACCAACGAAAAGAGAAGAUCGAGAUUUAGAUUCAGAGCGGGGGAGUUCCAAGUUCCAACACAUGUAACGGAAAUAGGGAAGCUGAAGACUCCGCCAUGGAUUCUGCGACGCCAACACACACUCACAGCUCCAAAUCCCAGCCUCCGUUCGCCGUCGCCGAGAAGGUCCUCGCUAAACACAAAGGUCGAUUUUACGAAGCCAAGGUUAGGCAGGUCGAAUUCAAAGAGGGCCAGUGGCGCUGUUUUGUUCAUUAUUUGGGUUGGAAGAAAAGCUGGGAUGAAUGGCUUGCAACUGAUUGUUUGAUGAAAGACACAGAGGAGAAUAUGCAGAUAAAGCUCGCCAUUGAUGAGAAAUUUGGUCAUGACAAAAGUACAAAGAUUCACCGUGCAUCCUUCAACAAACCAAAGACUCCUAACAAUGAAAGCAGAGGCAGGAAACGAAAGAGUGAAACUCCAAUUAAGGAAAAACCAGAGGUCCCUCCUGACAAGCUUGUCAGCAUUCAGAUUCCACCAACUCUAAGGAAGCAAUUAGUUGAUGAUUGUGAAUUUAUCACCCAUCUGGGCAAGCUUGUUAAACUUCCUCGCACCCCUAAUGUGAAUGACAUAAUGAAGAAUUAUUUUGAUUACAGAUUGAAGAAAUGUGGCUCGAUAUCAGAUUCAGUUGAAGAAAUUUUGAAAGGAUUGUGUUGUUACUUUGAUAAAGCACUGCCGGUGAAGCUUUUGUACAAGAAUGAGCGUCAACAGUACCAAGAAGCAUGUCCUGAUAAUACCACUCCUUCCACUGUAUAUGGUGCUGAGCAUUUGUUACGUCUAUUUGUUAAGUUGCCUGAGCUGUUGUCCCAUGCUAGCAUUGAAGAGGAGUCGAUGACAGAACUCCAAGCCCAAUUAGUUGACAUUCUAAGGUUCUUGCAAAGAAAUCAGAGUACAUAUUUCCUUUCUACUUAUCAUGUCCCUGAUGAUAUUGAGAACAGCACCAACAAACAAGGUGACUAGGGUUAGGGAGGGGAGGGGACUACGUAGGAUUUAUUGUGCAGAAUACAGCAGAAAUGCUGCCCUAAUACGUGGCUGAUCAAAAUUAUAGUGUUGUUAUAUUAUAUUCACUGCUGCUCUGUCUUGUAAAACCCAAAGUUUCAGGGUAAAAGAAAGAGUAACAUAUACUGAAGGAAUAUGCAUAUGCUGCUGAGUGCUGACCCUCAUUUGUAGAUUCAGUGAUUCUGAAAUUUGUAUUAGUUUAGGUACAAUUAUCUUUAGUAUUCUCUUGUAUUCCAUUCUUUUACGGUCAAUUUUUCACAACGCUUUAGAUUUUAAAUCCACAUAUUGUACUA